AUGUCUCAAUUUGUGCCGGGUUCGUUCCCUCCUCAAGAGACGGCGAUCUAUUCACGCGAUGAACUGGCAGCUAUUUUCCGCGAGGAGCUAGAGCCAAUUGAAGAUUCCGUCGACCACAUCGGCCAGACCCUCCAGCAAAUGAUCCUGGAUGUGGCCCGUUCGGUCAAGGAACAAGGCAAAGGGCUCGAGGAGACUGCCAAGGAGAUUAUUGCAAUCAAGGCGAAGGUCACUGAGAUCGACCAGAAGCUAGGAUCGCUCGUCGCCAACCAAGCUUACAUUGCGGCGCUUGCUCUAGCAGUACGACAAUUGCAACUUUUACAUAUCGACCAAGACUCGGUGCGCUUGGAAUGUAUAUUCGCUGAACACAUCGCAAAUUUCGGGAGGCUGCUCAAGAUGAAUGGUGAAAUUCUUAGCGCCUACCUAGCUCUUCUAGAGAAAGAUCGCCUCCAGCACGAGCUCGCCUUCUACUCGAAGGCUCUGGUAAUCGGUGUUGUCGGAGUUGCCGGUUUUCUGGUUAUGAUUUUCCUCAAGUUGGCGAAAUACAUUUGA